AUGAUUUUUAUUAGGAAAUUAGGAAUUGGUGGAUCUCUUGGUAUUUAUGGGAAUAGUUUGAGUUUGUACAUGAAAAAAUGGGCAGAAAUAAGAUAUAUAUAUAAACGAAAGAUUCAUAAACCUUUGAUACAAAAACAUAUGAUGAUUCCUGAGGAUUUAGGCAUGCUAGAUGUAUAUAUUGCACCUAGUAGAAGCUGUUUACCAUCUUUUUGGAAAACACCAAAUCAAAGAAUAAGAUUGGCAUGGAGAUGGUUUUAUCAUAAGAUAAUAGGAUGGUUUAAGAAAAAAAUGUUUGAAGAACGUAUUAGGCCUGUCAAAAUAGAUUUUAAACAAUUGCAAUCAACAGUAGGAACAUAUUAUGAGAAAGUUAAUCAAGCUUAUGCAAAUGGGGAUAUUAAAGAAAUAGAUAAUCUUUGUGGCAAAGCUUAUGCUAAUACAUUAAAAUCUCAGAUUGCAAAACGGCCUAAGGAACUUCAACUUAAAUGGGUUCUUCAUCGAAUAAUAAAGCCCCCAAAGGCUGUUAGUUUUUCUCAGGCACAAGUAGAAAUUGGUUCUAAUAAGUAUCUUGCUCAAAUAGUGUAUAAAAUUCAUUCAGAACAAACUUUAACAAUCUUUUUAAAUGGGUUAAAAAAAGAAGAGUCUCUAAAAGAGCUUGUUGAAUACUAUGUUUUUCAAUAUAAAACAUGGGUAUUACCAUAUAAAUGGUAUAUAUGGGGAAAAACAGUAGAAGCAUCACCUGAUGCUGUAAAAGUAAAAUUAUGGAAAAAAGAUGGCAAGAGUCUAAGAACAGUAGGAUUUUAAUGUUAUUAUUGUUUAGGGUUAAUAUUUUUUCAAGGAUUAUA